AUGGCAGCACCAGCAGCACGGUCAGCAUCCGCCCUGCGCGCCCUGUCGAACGCCGCACGCCGCCCGCAGCCUCAACGAGCACUGCCGAGCCCUCGACUCUUGUCCUCGACCCCACUCGCCCGCUACACCCCGCCGCCUCCGUCCUACUCCCCCUCCUCCCCCUCUUCCUCCCCCUCUUCCUCCUCGUCCCUCCCUCCCCGUCCCUCCACCGCCGGCACCCACCUGUACGCGCCCCGACCCGCGUCCCAACACACCUUCCUCUCGACCCUCCUCACCCAGCUCGGCCCGCGCGCGCUCCCCAACCCGGACGCACUCGACCUGCGCACCGCAGAGAAGGCCCUCACGCACAAGAGCGGCGUCGACAAGGGCGCCCUGUACCGGAGGAGCACCGCCGGCGAGCUCGAUGCGCAUGCGAGGAGCGCAGACGAGGGCGGCAGGAUCGGGCACAACGAGAAGCUCGCGUUCGUCGGUCGUCGCGUCCUGCGCCUGCACCUGACGCAGCACCUCUUCACGCGCCUCUCUUCCUCGCACCCGGCGCUCCUCGCCCAGGCCCUCACGGCCCCCUCGCGCUCGCCGCUCUCGCUCGACGCCCUCCUCGACACCAAGAACCUCGGCGCCGGCGUCGGCCGCCAGUGGGGGGUCGAGGGCGCCCUCAGGUGGCGCGAGGUGCGCGGCCACGAUGGCGAGGUGACGGGCCUGUACAAGUGCAGGGGGAGCGCGGUCGAGGCGGUUGUUGGGGCUGUGUACACGACGCAGGGCAUCGACGCCUCGUCGCACGUCUUUGAGCACCUCGUCCUCCCGCACCUCGCCCUCCCGCGCUCGCUCUCGGCCGCGCUCGAGGGCGCACCUGCCCCCGCGCCGGCGCCGGCACAGCAGGUCGGCGGCGCGCAGGCAUAG